UAUCCCAGCCGCUCGCUCCGGCGGGAAUUUCGAAGCACAGUCUUGACGAUGGUGAUGGGAGCGUUGGAGUAUUUACGUUGGAGGUUGAGACCUCGUCGAGGACCCGAUAGAAAAUUCGAUGGUUUCGAUGCCAAGGGAUAUGAACGCCUGAGGAAAGAGGUCUGUAAUGAUCGGUCCUCUUGCCGUGCGGUAGUCAUCCUUUACGCUAAGAUGGGCCUUCAUCGUUACAAUUUCGUUGAGGGGAAAAACUAUCAGUUUUGUCGAGUAGAGAAAUACAAUCGCACAGCAAAUCUCGGUGCUGCCUCCUACUACAUAACGUUGGUUGCAAUGAAUCCGUCUGACCCUUUGCCUCAGUAUUUUCUGAUUCAAAUAUCAGAAGUAGUUUGGGGCGUUAUAGCCUUGAUGUGCUGUAUCUCUGUACCUCGAGAUGAUCCCCAUGAGGAUCCCUUGUUCGGCACAUUUAGUGAAUGCUCCUUUGAUUAUAAGUUUCCUGAGUGGCCGUCGGAGAAUUAUUUCAAAGAUACAAAGAGGUUUUACGUGGUGAAGAAGUCAGAGCUGCAAGACGAGGCCAAUGAAUCAAUGAUUCGUCUAUACUUGGAACUUGCGGUUGCCACGGAUCGUACGAUGUUCAGUAAUAAUGAUGAUCUUUCCAAGUUGAAGAUUAGGAAAGUGGCUAUAGAAUCGACCCAAGAUCCGAACGCGGGACUCAAGGCUAAGAAUGCAACAUUCUACAUAAGUUACAUGGACCCGAGCAACGCUCGAGUGGGUAAGCAUGUUGAUCGAAUAGCUAAGGUGAGAAGAAGCUUUGAUGAGAAGACGGGAUGCCUCCAUUUCCUUGGUUUCAAUCGGAGGUUUAAAACUAAACCUAAAAAGGCUAGAAAGAGUCGGAAGAGUGUGCAACCUUUGUUUAGCGUCUUCAAACCAUGGCGGUUAUCUAGUCCUAGGCGACGCAAGACAUACAGAAACCGUGGCGUUGGCUUUUCUUCUUGUCUGCACAAGACAAGAUCCAUCAGAUAUUAAUAAAACUAUCUAUUAGUUAGUCGACUAAGAUAUGUGGAGAUCGUAUUCAUCGGUCUUCCUUUCGUGGACAUCAAGCUCCUUAGGUAAGAAAUUGUGGCUAGGUAAGUUAGAAUGUGAGCACUCGUUAGAUUCAGAGCUGCUUUCUCUUUUACAGGUCCUCUUGAGAGUCUGUUACCAAUCGUGGACGAAAGAAACAUGUAAAUUAGGUUAGGUAACGUACAUCGCAAGAAAAAGAGAUUAAAUGAUUUUGUUUAGCUAAAGCAUU